AUGGAAGUAGACGCCGCGACUGAGAUGUUUGCUCGCGCGGAUGAAAAGAAUGGUGUUUCUUAUAUUAAUUACGUAGGUGAUGGUGAUUGUAAGACUUUCAAGGCUAUUGUUGAGCAGAAUCCAAAUGUCAAAAAAAAAGAAUGUAUUGAUCACGUUCAGAAAAGAAUGGGCACCAGGCUUCGAAAAUUGGUGAGUAAUACAAAAGGAUUGAGCGAUAGAGGUAAAUUAACGGGCAAAUUAAUAGACGAAUUAAGUAUUUACUACGGAUUGGCUAUCCAUAGACACUGUAACUCAAUCGAGGACAUGAAGAAAGCCAUCUCGCUCGUGUGGUCGAUGGCUCCCAAGUCAAGUUUCAGCGGCAAAUCUGUACUCGAUAUUGCUGUGAAUCUCGCAGUUUUAUAUUUCAACGAUGGAUUUUUCGGAAUUAUGCAAGUUAUGAAGCAAAUGGGCAUUUUAAUCGGACUGAGUUGCUAUAAUUUCUGCUCGGAAGCCAACGCCCCGCGCAUCACGCUAUCUGAGCGUUCCCUGUCCGUAGAGGCGAGAGAAGCUCGCUCAACAUCAUUAUCGUCAAGGAAGGAUGAGGAGCACGAAAAUCUUAAUUUAGAAGGACAAUUGUAUGGCCCAGGCAUCGCCGAUUAA